CGCUGCCGCCGCAGUCUGCGCAGCUCCUGUCCCUCCGCCGGCCAUCCCGCGGGUGAAGGCCAUGGACGUCAACCAGCCCAAGCAGGAGCACUUGCUGGCUCUGAAAGUGAUGAGGCUAACCAAACCUACCUUGUUCACUAAUAUUCCAGUGACUUGUGAAGAAAGAGAUUUGCCAGGUAAUCUAUUUAACCAGCUCAUGAAAGAUGAUCCUUCUACUGUAAAGGGGGCUGAGACUUUGAUGUUAGGAGAAAUGCUGACUUUGCCUCAAAAUUUUGGAAAUAUAUUUCUGGGAGAGACAUUUUCCAGUUAUAUUAGUGUGCACAAUGAUAGCAAUCAAGUUGUCAAGGACAUACUGGUGAAGGCUGAUCUUCAGACAAGUUCUCAGCGUUUGAACCUUUCAGCUUCUAGUGCUGCAGUGGCAGAACUUAAACCUGACUGUUGCAUCGAUGACGUGAUCCAUCAUGAAGUAAAGGAGAUAGGAACACACAUCUUAGUUUGUGCAGUAAGUUAUACUACACAGACUGGAGAGAAGAUGUACUUCAGAAAGUUCUUCAAAUUUCAGGUUCUUAAACCACUAGAUGUGAAAACCAAAUUCUACAAUGCAGAGAGUGACCUCAGUUCUGUGACAGAUGAAGUGUUUCUGGAAGCUCAAAUUCAGAAUAUCACUACCUCUCCAAUGUUUAUGGAGAAGGUUUCUUUAGAGCCGUCUAUGAUGUACAAUGUUGCAGAACUGAACACAGUUGACACAGCAGGGGAAAGUGAGUCUACUUUUGGCACAAGGACUUACUUACAACCUAUGGAUACACGUCAAUACUUAUACUGUCUAAAACCAAAGCAAGAAUUUGCAGAGAAAGCUGGAGUAAUAAAAGGUGUAACAGUGAUUGGUAAAUUAGACAUUGUAUGGAAAACUAAUCUGGGUGAACGCGGAAGGCUGCAAACUAGUCAGCUCCAAAGAAUGGCUCCUGGUUACGGUGAUGUAAGGCUUUCAUUGGAGACAAUACCAGAUACUGUAAAUUUGGAAGAACCUUUUGACAUUACAUGUAAAAUAACAAAUUGCAGCAGUGAAAGGACUAUGGAUCUGGUUUUAGAAAUGUGCAAUACUAAUUCCAUCCACUGGUGUGGAGUUUCAGGAAGGCAACUUGGAAAACUGUACCCAAGUUCAUCCCUCCAUCUUGCACUGACGUUGUUGUCUUCAGUGCAGGGAUUGCAGAGUGUCUCUGGCCUAAGACUUACAGACACAUUUUUGAAGAGAACAUACGAGUAUGAUGAUAUUGCACAAGUCUGUGUAGUUUCUUCAGAAAUCAAGCAAAGCUGAAGAAAAAAAUUCUGUAGUUUUACUGUUUUUUUAACCAAUUUCUUCAUGUUUUUGCAGUCAGUUGUUCUAAAAUGAGUAUAAACAAACACAUAUAGCUGUAAAUGUGAUAAUGAUUAUUUAAUUUCUCUGAGCAUUUCUUGAAUGUUUUCAAAUAUUUUAAAACAUGCAUAUGCAUUUUAUCUACUGAAAAUAAAACCUUUGAGAAAUGUGUUGUUCUAGAAAAUUAUAUUGCAUUUACAUCAUCUCAGGACAGGGGGAUGAGAUUGGUAAGAAAUACUAGCAUUUUGUAUUUACUUUUUCUUAUUUUAAUUUUUUUAAGUGUUUAAACGCUUUUAAAAUCAUGGCUCUGACAAGACUACUUCAAUUCAAAAGAACUGACCUUUUACAGACAAGUUGCUUGAAUCCAAAUCCAAAAAAAAGUAAUAUGGGGUACCUGGUAUGGCAGUGUGUUUGCAUGGUACAUGUAUAGCCAUAGGAAAUAAAACCUGAUAACAGUACGAGAUGAGAGAGUGCACCUGGCACUGUUAGAGGCACGUGGAGCUAGGAAUUAGAGUAUAAGCCAAAGACUGUGUUGGUUGUGGCUCAGUCUUUGAAAAGGAAGCAAUACAGCAAAUCUGUCCCAGUUGUCUGCUGUCAUGAGCAGAGUUAUGCAUUUCUGCAAUACAGGACAUGCUGUUAACAGGCAUGUUAUUUUUCAGUUAGUAGGGAAAUGAAAACUAAAAUAGUAGAACUCGAGUAGUUUUUUAUUGUUAAAAAAAGGUGGUGCCAAUUAUUCUUUGCAUCCCAAAGGCAAUUAAAUAGAUUUUUAAGACUAAAAAAAAAAAAAACCGGAAAAAAAAAUCCUGCAUUGCUGCCUUAGAUUAAGUUCUCUAAAGCAUAUAUACAGGAAGAAGUUUAGGACUUGGUCAAGCACUACAAUGUGCUUUUCCCUAGCUUUGUUUUGACAAAAACUGGAAAUAUUUUUGGCUGAAAUAUCUAUGGUUACCCAGAGGUAGCCAUUUAAUAGAUAAAAUGGCAACUGUCUUUCCUAGUUUAAUACUAGGUAAACUGGUGUUAAAGACACUAAUCAGCAGCUUGUAUUUCUCAGCUACCGUGUUGGCACGUAGCAACUUCAUAGUUAGAUUUGACUGUAUUUUACUUAAGGCUUCCCAUGUAUAAAAUCUUAAGAGUAGUAUUCAGUGUUAAAAUACUGGAUAAACUGAGGACCAGCUUUGUAUAUUGAGGGACUAAGUCCAUACAGGAAACAAUAAAUUAGAAAUGUAUCCUUCCUAUGUGAUAAAAUCCAACCAACAUGAGCAGGUAUUUAAAGAAUCCAAUUUACCUGUUACUUGAGAUACAUAAAAAAGUAAACCAGAAAACCACAACUAUACAGACAAAAAAAGUAUAUAACUUUAUUUAUAAUAUAUCUUGAGUUAAACUACACAAAUUGAAGGAGAUGUAACCACAUGGCAGUAAGAGGUAGGAGAGAUACAGAAAUAGCAGACAAGUUGCAUUAUGCCAAUUUGACUUUCUGUUGCCAUAAAACAAUCUACUCAAAAUUACAGAGCUAGUUCUAUCUCAGUAUGCAUGAGUGAUUUUACUUUGCACUUGCUACAAAACCAAGAGCGCAACUGAAACAAUUUCUAAGCUGAAUAUUUCAUUAAGUGUCUUUAUGAUCAUAGUUAGAAGAAUAUACUCCCAUGCAAGCAGGUUACAGGAGUUCACAAUUGAUUGCAAAAUACUUUAUUCUCUAACAAAUUAUCGUACUUAUACACUGAUGGAACAGUAAUGAUACAAAACCUAUUAGGUGUAAAUGUAGAUUUUCUCAGUUGAAUGAUAAACUGCAAUUGAUCUUAAAUUAAAGCAAUAUUUACAGGGAUUGUGGUUUACCACUUUAUCUAGCAGGAUGAAAAAUUUUAGCGCAAGAUACAGUGCAGUUACUGCACAGGAAAAGCAUCCUUCCACACCCUGUGAUUAAGACAUGUUGCAUGACUGAAACAAUCUAGGCAAUUCAAAGAAAAGCAGACUUUAGCAUAAAUGAUCUCUCUGUUCAUGGUUUCAGUGGAAAAGCAUGUAAUAACAGCUCCUGUUACUGGUUUCACUGUUUUUUGUUUAGGCUAUAAAGCCCUUUCUGUUAAUACAUAAGAAACAGAGAAUGUUUACUAGUAUUGUGCCAGUCCGUUGUAGCACAUUCCUGAAGGUUUAGCUAAUGCUAUUAACAUUUUAAUAUAUACUCUGUAUUAUCUGAAGUAAAACCUAAACACAACAAUAUUGUAGCAUGUGAAAUUAAAAUUACAACUCCAUGAUGACUUCAAGAGUAGUUUUCAGGUAACUAACCAGUGCUUCAUUCCAUUUAAUGUUGUGGAUUGUUCUCCCAUAAAUUCAUUAAGUUAUGGAGCUUUUACUUGAACAGUACAAGUACACAACUUCUUCUGCCCUCUUUGGAUCUUAACAUACUGUGUAGUUCUUAAGGAACUCUCAUGAAAUUCUUGACACUCUGUCUCAAAGCAGAAAAGUAACUGCAUGAGGAUUGCUGUUGCAAAGUGAGAAUAAUUUGAGUUUGUAUAGAGAUAUUGGCAGAGCUGCCCACUCCACCACAGAGUUUUUGGUUCCCCCUAUCAAAGUUAGUGAAACACACUUUGGGCAGUUGAAGAUAUGAAGGAGAAUGAAAAGGAAAUGUGAAGUUUAACAUACUAGGUACAAUGCUUCUCUCCUGACACAACAAACUGUUCCAAGUAACACCUGUACACUUUUUGUAGCCCACCCCGAGCCUCCAUAAAUCUUAAUUCUAAAUGGUAUUCCUGUCCUACUUAGUGUAAUUGAACUUAAGUAAGUUUCCUUGAAUAAGUAAGAUUCAGGAUCUGAGCUACCUCUGACAAAAGAUCCCUUUAGGGUUUCUCUUUCUCAUCAUCAGAUGUUGAGUCAGAAGCUGUUAUUUAAAAAGGUAUUUAAUGUAAAGCUUAAGUAUCUCUACAACCUGAAGAAAGCAGCUACACCAACUUAGAGAAAGAAUUUUCGAAAGCAUUUUAAUGCUGUACAUAGGCAAGCUAUUCAAUCAAGUGUGAAAUGUCUUUAAAUUGUUCAUGUAUUAAGUUUUACCUGUUUAUUCAAUAGAUGGUAAUAUGGAUUUCCUAGAUUUAUGUUUUCUCCAAUUCCUUUCAUUUCUCAUUGGAUCAGCAUUUUUCUGUCUGUUUAUUAGGGUAAAAUUCAUACCGUAGAUGUACAACAAUAAUUUGUUAGAAUUGAGUAUAUUACUUAGCCCCAAAUUUUGCAUUUGCUUCUGCUGGAGAAGCUCUUUCAUGAGCACAAGCUCAAUUGGAUAUAAAGUCUAAGGUUCAGGAGUUUCUGAGGAUUUCUCCAUUUGGGAGUCUAUUGUUACUCCUCCACAUACCUCCUCCAGACUGACUGGCCACCAGAGAUCACUCUGUCUAAGAAUUCAAAGCAAGCUCCUAAAAUUAAUUAAGAUAUAGGAAGGGGAAAGUGUGUUGAGAACAUCCCUGGGCUAAGAACAAGUGUACUUUGUAUCAGAAAGCAGUGUGAACAGUAAACAGAGUAAAAAAAGUUAACAUACUUGACAUACAGAAGAGCAGCAGUCUUGCCAGAGUAAUAUUAACUGAGCAAGAAACAAAUACUAUAGAGUCGAAAAAUCUUUUACUUGACUAUAUAACCAUCAUUUUAGGUAGAUAUGUAUAAUAAAAAAAAUCCCCAAUUGUUUAAGCCAGUGAUUUAUCACACAAUAGAAAAAGAAUCCUUCUAAGGCAGUUCUUUAAAAUUUUCAGUACUAGUUAUUUGUACAGUCACAGGCUCAGUUUUAGCUUAUUACAGUUAAGAAUUUUAAGUUUUUAUUAAAUACUGCAUAUGUACGGAAUGUAAUACAGCUUGCCAUGCCUAGGAACAUAGUGCCGUAAUUCUGACCUCCAGGGCUACCAUAAUGACGUGAGGGUAUACAUGGCAGUAGAAAACCCUACAACUUCUCUUUCCUUUCCCAAGCCAAGUUCCAUUUUGAUUUCUGUGAAUUAUCCUACACAGAAUUAUUGUCUUCUCUUUCUCUACAAUGUGUGGUACUCCUUCAUAUGCAGUCAUCUCCCUCUCUUCUACCCAAUGAAGUUGAAAAGUAUUUCCUGUUACUCAUGAAAGAUCCUCCCAGGAUUAAGGAAACAGACUUCUCAAGCAUGAGUCUCUAUUCCAACACUACUUAAUGCUCAUUAUAAAAGGGCACAUCAGAUGGACCUAUUGUUUCAAUAUUUCAGUAUUUCAAUACUAUUUAAAGGAGUACAACUGUCAUGAUUCUCACCAUAUGAGUAACACAUCUUUUACACUAUAAUUUUAGAAGUAGCUGUUAGGCGAGAUCAGCACACUACAAAACUCCUCCCCACUCAGUAGCCCUGGAGGUCAAUCUGAUGCACAUACUGAAAUGAUUUGGACUUGGGGAUUUUGAUAAACCACCUAUUCAGUGUGUUGAUUUUCAGAGGAGUAACUAUACAUAAACGCUAUGUUCCAAGUUAUGUGCAAGAGAUCUGUUUACCAGAUCUAUUCUUGUUUGCAAACACACACAAAGAAUUUUCUGUCUUCUAUUCAAGCAGAAGAGUUACAAUGGUGCUUUUGCUACUAACUAUGGUAUGCAUUUUGGGGUUAUACAUCAUUCCAAUUCAUAUGACUCGUUGAAGUCAGGAAUGUUCUUCAGUGCUGCCACUCAAAUAUCGGCUCCGGAUAUGAUUUCUCAGUUGCUCUAUGAGCUCAGGAUUCUGUUGCUGUAUCUGCUGUGCAAACUGCUGCCCCCUGUGUUGAACAGUUUUAAGUGAACUAAGCAAGUGAAAGCAGCACGUGUAAGAAAACAGGAUAUCCCAAUACAGCUGAAAGGUGCACGACAUUAAAAUUAAGAUUAAAGGUAUCUUGAUUUACAGUCUUAAGGUAUUUGCAGUAUUAUUAAUUUAUCUGGUUAAAGUGUCUCCAAACAGGAUUGUUGUCAUAAAUUUAUUUUCUUUCUUUAGUAGUAUUCUACUUGAUAACAUAGAGAAGUAAAGUACCACCUUUCAAAAUAUAUUACCUUUUAUGGUAAAAUAACACAUCUGCUCCAGUGAUUUAUUCCUUUCUAUUUGAGAGCAUCCACUCUGUUUAAAGUAACUACUCUUAGAUUGGAGUGCAACUUUAUGUUAAUGGUUCUAGAAAUCCAGUAUGCAGCUGCUGACUUUUACCGGUGAACAAGAUGUCAUUAAUUGAAAGCAAGCAUACUAUCAAGAUUUUGUAUCUUGCAUGACUGAAGUAAUAACAGAUCAAUCUAUUAACAGUUGUAGCUUAAGAGUUAAAUUAAUAGCAGAGACUAAUUCCAUGUGUAAGAGAAGCAUAACACUUGUUAUAUAAUAAAAUAAAAAACAGUAUUUCACUAAAA